ACAGAAUUGACUUUGGACCAUGCUUCGCGUCGCCGCACUCCGCACUCUUGCCUCCACCCGCUCUGCUGUGGCCCGCCCUUUGGCUGCACGUGCCUUCACGUCGGAAGCCGCGGGCAAGUCGACCGACCCUGAUGUUGUGAUUCCUGAAUUGAGCGAAACCCUCGAAUGGACGUUGUCGUCGCCCCCUCCUCUCCAUCAAUUUGAGGAAUCCCCCAUCAUCGUUGAAACGUGGGGCCCCACUGAUCCUUACCACCACUAAGUAUUCAAGCGGCCGCAAUCGACGCAGGAUGCGUUGCUCGCUCUCCUGGUGCCCUUGAUUGUGUGCACAGAAGGAUAAACCAUGGACGGGUUGGUAAUGUGACUGUCAUGCGUCGAUCUGUUGUAGAUAGAAGGUGGACGUUUGUGUACUAAUACACCUAUGAAUCAUCUACCGACUGCGCUCAUUCGGGACCAC